GCCAUAUGGCAACGCCACUGGGAUUGCCUGCAGCGCAAUUGCAAACAGCUGAAAAUUGUUUAUCUGCGGAGUUAGAGCUCCAGUCCAUCCUCGUUAGGAUAACAAAGAAAAAUGUCACGGGUUUACCUGCUGCCAGUGGCUACAUUCCUGAUAUUUCAGGUCACCUUUAUUGGGACAUACAUUUUCGCAGUGCUGGAGGGGCACGUGGUUCCCACUGUUCCCUACAUAUCGGAUGCCGCUACUUACUCACCGGAAAGUUGUGUUUUCGGGCAGCUGAUAAAUAUCGGGAGCGUGUUAUUGGGACUCACGAUAUAUGUGCGGUACCGGCAGGUGCUAGAGCUCUACGAGCACUUCCCGGAUCUGGGCGGCGCUAUGCUGCGACAUAAUCGCCUAGCCCUGUGCUGUGGACUCAUCUCGUGCCUGGGCAUCAGUUUCGUGGGCAAUUUCCAGGAGACGAACGUCAGGAUUGUGCAUUUUAUUGGCGCAUUUUGUUGCUUCGGCUGCGGCACCUUAUACUUCUGGAUGCAGGCCCUCAUCUCGUACAAUGUCUGGCCGUUGGCAGGCGCCCGUCUCUACGCUCACCUCCGGCUGGGCAUGUCCGUGUUCUGUACGAUCCUUUUCAUUCUGCUGGCCGUCACCGGCGUGAUGUCACACAUCCUCUUCAAGGGCCAGAAUCCCCGAAAAUGGUAUCCCUCGGAUGGAGGCUGGUACUUCCAUGUUAUUAGUAGUAUUUCCGAAUGGAUUAUGGCCACCAUCUUCAGUUUCUUUAUUCUGUCCUUUACGGACGAAUUCCGCGAUGUGUCGCUAUCCCAUCCCCAGAUUACACUGUUGUCCGUUACCACCACUAUCAUAGCACCACAACAUAGCGAGGUUAUUUAAGCUGAAAUUAUAGAUUUGCCGACGAAUUUAGUUUGUCCGAUAAAGAUGCAUUUGCCGGCCACUGUUGGAGAUUAUUCUAAUUGGGAGUUUUCCAUAGCGCUUCUCUCUCUUUCACCCGCUCUACUUCUUUCUCUAUCGGAUUGCUGUGAUAUAUGUAAUGUGGAUGCGGAUGAGUCAGCUCUGCUUGAUUGAGGAGUUCCAUUUAUUAUUUACCCGAGAGAGUUCAUUACAAUUAAAAUUAUUAAAUCGAACUAGCACCCAGGAUACGAAUCGGUUCAAUGAAAAAAUUAUAUAUCCUGCGCAAAAAUCUGUAAAAUAAAGUUCAAUUACAAAUCAA